AGUGUUGCCCGAUGCGAAAGUAAGAAAAAUACGUGCGAAAAAAUAUAUAAAAAUUUUCUCAAAAGGAUAUUUUUCCUAUUUUCGUGGAAAAUCCUGUGAUUUCUGGUGUUAUCAGUAAAAUGGGACUGUGCAAGUGUCCCAAGAGACUCGUGACAAAUCUCUUUUGCUUCGAACACCGUGUAAAUGUGUGUGAAAAUUGCAUUGUUACAAGUCACCCAAAGUGCAUAGUCCAGUCAUAUCUCCAAUGGCUCAAGGAUAGUGACUACAACUCUUCGUGUGUUCUCUGUGGCGAAAAUCUCGAUGCCGAUGAGUGUGUCAGACUGAUUUGCUUUCAUGUAUUUCACUGGAAAUGUAUAAAUAGCAGGCAAGAAUCCCUGCCAUCCACGACGGCACCAGGAGGUCAUUCCUGUCCCACUUGCUCGGAGAAGAUCUUCCCACCGGUUCAUCUUGUAUCUCCGGUCGCUGAUGUUCUUCGUAGUAGAUUGUCGCAAGUCAAUUGGGGCCGUAACGAACUGGGGCUGCCUCUGCUGGCUGAAGAGAAGAAGGAGGCACGAAGUGUAGCCAGUGGAUCGAGUCAGGGAGCUUCAGGAGUGACGAAUACGAAAGGGAAGGACAACUGGGAAGUUUAUCAGACUCCUCAGUCUCAUUCUGUUCUCAACAUUGACACAUUCAAUGCAAGCAGCCGACGGCCUCUUCUGGCCCGGGAGCCUCCGAUUGGGGCGUCAGAUCGCGAUGAAAAUAAAUACAAGCGCCGAUCGGUAGGUGAACUCGUGAAUCGCUGGACCAGGAGACUCUAUAGUCCCUCAUCGCGUCCUCCGUGGCGUCGCACGUGGUUCAUCUGUCUGUCUGGAUUGCUUGUGUUCUUCCUCGUGAUCUACGUGAUGGCCAAAGUUGGACGCAGCGGCAACAGCGAUGGCUUCUUCGACAUUGACAUGAAUCCCAACAUCAAGUAUGAAUAGGGAAGGUUCACGGAAAUCCCUCACAGGGAUUCUGAUAACGAUGGAAUGUUCUUUUAGAGAUGCAUUAACAAGAUGAUGAAGCAUUCCACAGACGAGUAAAAAAAAAAGAACACGUUUAACGACAUGAAAUAUCCUCCCAGUAAAGUCCAUAAAUAUCUUUAUUUCUUUUUUUUUUUAAUCCAAUUUAUUUAGAGAAUAUUUUAUAUAUCAAUGUUUCUUUUUCACGAUGAAUCAGCAAGAGAUGUUUGCAAUUUAUCACGUUAGAGAGAAUAUUCAAUAAGAAGGGAGAGUGAUACAAUUUA